AUGCCCAUCAUCAAGGGUAACGAUGUCAUCGCUCAGGCCCAGUCUGGUACUGGAAAGACUGCCACUUUCUCCAUCUCCGCUCUCCAGAAGAUCGACAACAACCUGAAGGCCUGCCAGGCCCUCAUUGUCGCCCCUACCCGUGAGUUGGCUCAGCAGAUCCAGAAGGUCGUUGUUGCCAUUGGUGACUUCAUGGACAUUCAAUGCCACGCUUGUAUUGGUGGUACUGCUGUCCGCGAUGACAUGAACGCUCUCCGUGAUGGUCCCCAGGUCGUCGUCGGUACCCCCGGUCGUAUCCACGAUAUGAUCCAGCGCCGUGUCCUGAAGACCGACCAAAUGAAGCUCUUCAUCCUUGAUGAGGCUGAUGAGAUGUUGUCUCGUGGUUUCACUGAGCAGAUCUACGACAUCUUCCAGCUCCUCCCCCAGUCUACCCAGGUCACCCUGCUCUCUGCCACCAUGCCCCAGGAUGUCCUUGAGGUCACUACCAAGUUCAUGCGCGACCCUAUCCGUAUCCUGGUCAAGAAGCAGGAACUUACCCUUGAAGGUAUCAAGCAGUUCUACAUUGCCGUCGAGAAGGAGGAGUGGAAGCUUGACACCCUCUCCGAUCUUUACGAGACUGUCACCAUCACCCAGGCCGUCAUCUUCUGCAACACCCGCCGCAAGGUCGACUGGCUCACUGACAAGCUCACUGCUCGUGACUUCACUGUCUCCGCCAUGCACGGUGAUAUGGAGCAGGGCCAGCGUGAUGUUAUCAUGAAGGAGUUCCGCUCUGGUUCUUCCCGUGUCCUGAUCGCCACCGACCUUUUGGCCCGUGGUAUCGACGUCCAGCAGGUCUCCCUGGUCAUCAACUACGACCUGCCUGCUAACCGUGAGAACUACAUUCACCGUAUCGGUCGUGGUGGUCGUUUCGGUCGUAAGGGUGUUGCUAUCAACUUCGUCACUGCUGACGAUGUCCGCAUGAUGCGUGAGAUCGAGCAGUUCUACAGCACCCAGAUCGAGGAGAUGCCCAUGAACGUUGCUGGUAAGUGUCUUUCCCAAGUCAAUUUUCUCUCAUGUUGUCUGAAUGGAACCCUCUCCGCGACAGUCGGAAUCAACCCCCUCCUCACUCCUAUGGGCCCACGAAAUCCGGCGCGAAAACAUUCACCUGGCCGAGGAAAUCCACAAAGCCAAAGCCGACCUUACCUCAACCGUAGAUACCAUUAAUGAUCUGAAGCAAACCGUCAAUGAAUUGACUCGACAAGUGAAGCAAGUGGAGACUAAUGCCAUUGAGGAUCUCGAGAGUCUUGACAUUAGAAUCACAAAUGGAUCCGACAAUUUGCUUAGGCGCGUCGAGGCCCUGGAUAUUGAAAACGGAAGAUUGAAGGAGGAACUUGAGAAUGUUGGAAAAGCGUUUGCCAUGCGUUCGAAAGAGCUGUUCCUUGUAUUAGAGUCUAUGAAGACAGAGAUUAUGAAUGAGGUUUGGACGAUCCUGGCACAAGAGAGAGGUGCUUUGCGAGUCAAUGAGCUAAUCAGAGGAUCUCAUGGCAAUGGUGGUAAGUAUUUGUCUCGUACUUCCUUUGAUUCAGGCCUGCUGUUCGCUAUGUAUGAGGUUGUCUGGGCUAGGGUGAGAGCUUGUGGUGCUA